UGCUACUUGAUUAGACAGGAAAGUGAGAGAAACGGAGCACCAAAACCCCAUUAGCUUUGACUGUCCAUUAUCAUUAUUAUUAUUAUUACAGCUCCCCCAUAACCCCCCCAAAAUACAAAGCAUCACCUCUGCACCUGCACCUGCACCAGCAGCAGCAGUGAAGAAAUCUAUGAUGCUUCCCACUGCUCUCUGCUCUUUUACUUACACCCUUCAAUGAAAACAUGGUGGUGGUUUAGCAGUAACUUUUGAAUGCUGAAAGAGAAGGAAAAAGAGGGUUUAUUAUGGUUCGUUCUCCUUUAGCUUCUCUGCAACUUGUUGAUGAUGUUUUACUUUAUCAAGAUACUGACUGGUACUAACUGGUGACAACUUGGUUGGUGUGGUGCUUGUAAUUCAGAACCAAGUUUUUUUUUUUCAUUUCAUCAUGGAUGGUUAUGAAGCAACUAGAAUUGUUUUCUCAAGAAUCCAAAGCUUAGAACCAGGAAAUGCUUCUAGAAUCAUGGGGUUACUUCUCAUUCAAGAUCAUGGUGAUAAAGAGAUGAUUCGUUUAGCUUUUGGUCCUGAAGCUUUACUUCACUCAGUGAUUCUGAAGGCCAAGAAGGAGCUUGGUCUUCCCAUCAACUCAUCUUCUUCAAGGCUCUUAGGGAGUAAUGGAGUUAAUCUUCCAUUUCUAUCAAUCCCUGCUACCAACCCUUCUUUUACUUUUACUGGUAUGGUUGAUGAGUUUCAACUUCAAGACCAACUAGCUGAUGCUUGUGGUGGUAACACUGACUCAAUUCGUUUUCCUUCAUAUUGGGGAAACACCUCUUUUCAAAGGAGCAAUAACACUAUGAAUGAUAUUUUAGGAGCUGAUGACCCUUCUUCAGCUUUUUUGUGGAGACCCUGUUUGUAUUUUGCUAGAGGGUUUUGUAAAAAUGGGAACAAUUGUAGGUUUGUCCAUAGUGGGGUUGGGGAGUCUGCUGCUGAAGGUGACACCAUUGUUGGGUCACCUAACAAGUUUGAAAUGAUGGACCAGUGCCAUGAGUUGCUUAGAUCUAAAUCAGCUAGGCAACAAAGGCUGGCUGCUGCUGCUGCUGCUGUUGGUGCUGCUCAGAUAAUGGGCUCUGGUUCUUUUCCAUACUCACCAAAGUCCAUCAAUUUAGUCCUUCAACAGCCCCAAAAUGAUGCUCAGAGGGCUGCUUUAAUGAUGGGUGAUGAUAUGAACAAGUUCAACCGUUCAAGUCCAGCUUCAAGGCAGAUAUACUUGACUUUCCCAGCUGACAGUACUUUCAGAGAAGAGGAUGUGUCAAAUUAUUUCAGCAUAUAUGGACCCGUUCAAGAUGUGAGGAUACCAUACCAACAAAAGAGAAUGUUUGGGUUUGUUACUUUUAUAUACCCUGAGACAGUGAAGAUGAUUUUAGCUAAAGGAAACCCGCAUUUCGUUUGCGAUUCUCGGGUUUUAGUGAAGCCAUACAAGGAGAAAGGGAAAAUCCCAGACGAGAAGCAACCACAACAACAGAUUGAAAAUGGAACCCUAACUGGUCUUGAUUCUAGAGAUCCAUUUGAUGUUCAACUUGGUACAAGGAUGUUUUACAAUAACCAAGACAUAUUACGGAGGAGAAAAUUGGGGGACCAAACUGAUCUGCAACAAGCCCUUGAGCUUCAAAAUAGAAGGUUGAUGAGUCUGCAACUCCUUGAUGUUAAGAAACACUCACCAAACCUUUACGGCCAGUCUCUUGUACUUCCACAAGAGAAUAGUUCUAGCCCUGUGCCGGCUACAUUGGUCACUGCUGCCGAGAAACAAACGAGUACUGGUAAAGAAACAGUCAGUUCUGAAGAGAAUGGUAGUGAGAAGGAGAGCCCUCAUUGUGAAGAUGGUAAUCUGCCAGAAAGUUUGGAGCAUAACCUUCCUGAUAGUCCGUUUGCGUCUCCUGGGAAAGCCUCUAAAGAGUACCUGUCUUUCAACAAUGCGGUCAUGGAGAAGGAUGGAACCAUCUCGGCUAACAAUAAUUGGAUUCCUUCAACCUUACUUCCUGCAAAUAAUGCAUUAGACAUGUCAUCCUUCAACUCCUUCAACUGCCAAAUCCCCAGGUUCUCAUCCGGACAAGGGACAAUCGGUAUGUACACAGGGACUGGCGGUCCGACUUGCCCCGUUGGAAUAUAGCUUCGGACAUCAUCAUCAUCAUCAUCAAAUAUUUAUAUUUUUACUCACUAGUUUACUACCAUACAAAAUGCAUACAUAAAAAGGCUAUGUUUCUCUUCUUGUAAUAUUGUUAUAAUCUUUGUUUUCAGUAGUCAAGUUUGGACCACAGUAAAAAAGCCAACAUAGAAGUAAAAAAAACAGAAGGAUCAUACUGUCAAAAUAUGUUGUAAAAACUGUAAUUUUCUGCCCGCAUGCAUAAUCCCAUUUUUGUACAGCUUCAAUGUAUAAGCAGGGAAAAACACCCAGAGGCAGAAAUGUUAAAUGCAAGUCAGCCAUUAGUGAAAA